UCUUAGACAGGUGUGCUCCAGAAAACCUCGUCGCGGCUCUGGAUUCUGGACCACCCACCGAACCGCCCGCCGGCGAUAGCAGCCGCCGCCAAUGGCCGCCGUCUCGACGGCCCAAACAGUCCCAUUCCUCCUCACCUCCACUUUCCAAUCCUCUCUCCUCUUCGUGCCCACAGCACGGCGGGCCUCAACCUCGCCGGCCUACGCCGACCGCCCUGCUCUCGCGGUCGCGUCCUGCCCUCGCCCCGGUGGAACCCACAAAACUCAGGCUACCCAGCCCGUUCUCCCUGCCCGCGCGGCCGCUUCAUACUCCGCGGCGAGCGCGGCAGAAGGGGAUGAAGGCAUGUCUGACCCUGAGCUGAGGCUGGUGCUGGAGCUAGCCACUGACGAGGAGCUUCUGGAGCUGGAGGAGAUCCUCUAUGGUACCAGCUAUUUCAGCCCAGUGCUAAAAUCAAUUGCGAAAAGGCCGAACACCGUUUCUGUUGUUGCUUUGGAUGAUAUCGAGGAGAGAGAUCUUUUCAUCUCAAAAUUGGAGUCGAGGUUCUUGUAUCUUGCUGCAGAUGCACGCUCAGUUAUAAGGGGCUGGAGGCCAUCAUACAGGAAUGUCUUGCUUCAAGUAAGAAGAGAACUUGGUGUUCAGUGCUCCAGUAAAUUAUGUAGUGCGGACCUGGAGGCAGAAAUAUUUCUACACCUCCUGGAUGAAUAUUCGAGCCGUCAGAAAGGAUCAUUUUCAUUUCCGUGGGAUAACCAGAAAUCUCCAAAAGAAAACCCUAGCCUUGAAGUAAACAACUGGAAGGUGCUUACUGAUGCUGCUUGGAGGAUUGGAGCAAAGGGACUAGAAAGUACAUUUUUGAAGGGUGGCAGUGCAUUGACGGUGAAAACUAUCUAUGAAUCGUUAGCCAAGAGACUAUCUGGAAAGCUGCUGAUGGAGACAGCUAAUUAUGAGAUAAAGAAAGAACUUGUUAAGCAGGGUGGACGAUUAGCUGCUGUUAACCUUGAAUCUAGAGCUGGCUUGCUUGCAGCUAGGCAGGGUUUGGCUCGUGCAGCAUCUAGAUAUGUUGGCCUUAGGAGUUUCAUGAGUUUACUUGGACCAAUAAUGUGGGGCACACUCUUGGCUGAUAUUGUGAUCCAAAUGCUUGGGACAGAUUAUGCUAGGAUCGUGCAGGCAAUCUACGCUCUUGCUCAGAUCCGGCUCACUCGGUCGUGUUACCUAGAACCUCAUGAAGAAUGAUCAGAGCACAAUCAUUACUGGAUAAGCCGAGUACUCCAUGAUAAGCUCUGCAGCUCUCGGUGGUGCAUAGAUAACAGAGCAAUUGGCAGAUGGUAGGUAGCAAGGACAGAGAAGAACAUCAACAGUUCACCCCUUGGAAUUUCAGAUGCGAGACUUUGAUGUAAACCUUAGGAAAAACAGCAUAGUGUCAGGAUUGAAACUGUGUAUUAGUAGUAGUGCUAGCACUUAACAAAUAGCUCACGAUAGCCAUUUGGGCCACCUACUCUCCGAAGGCGGUAGUUGUGGAUGAAUAUACAUCGGCUUCACACUUCCACGGGGUGCCGAAGUUGUAGAACAUGCAUUCCAUUCUGUCCCGGUUAAACAAUGUAAAAUAACGGCUCCCCUCAUCUUAAACUACUGCGCCCUACCUUUCAGUUA